AUGAUUUUUUUCUGUUUGUCGUUUCAGGUUUAUGAAAAGGGAGCUGAGGUUGUGAGGAUGUACAAAACUCUACUAGGAACUGAGGGGUUCCGAAAGGGAAUGGAUCUCUAUUUCCAAAGACAUGAUGAGCAAGCUGUGACUUGUGAAGACUUCUAUGCUGCUAUGCGUGAUGCAAACAAUGCAGAUUUUGCCAAUUUCUUGCAAUGGUACUCUCAAGCUGGAACACCAGUUGUCAAAGUAGCCUCCUCUUACAAUGCUGAAGCUCGUACCUUCUCUUUGAAAUUCAGUCAGGAGAUACCGCCGACUCCGGGCCAGCCAACAAAAGAAGCUACAUUUAUUCCGGUGGUUGUUGGUCUUCUGGACUCAAGUGGGAAAGACAUUACACUUUCCUCUGUUUCUCAUGAUGGUACACAACAGGCCAUUUCAAGCACCAGCACAAUACUUAGAGUCACUAAGAAAGAAGAAGAGUUUGUGUUCUCUGAUAUAUCAGAAAAACCUGUUCCGUCACUAUUUAGGGGAUUCAGUGCCCCAGUUCGUGCUGAGACUGAUCUCUCUAACGAUGACUUGUUCUUCCUCCUAGCACAUGAUUCAGACGAAUUCAAUCGAUGGGAGGCGGGUCAAGUUCUGGCAAGGAAGCUCAUGCUGAACUUAGUUUCUGAUUUCCAGCAAAACAAACCUUUGGCUCUAAACCCAAAGUUCGUGCAAGGUCUCGGCAGUGUGCUCUCUGACUCGAGCCUGGACAAGGAAUUUAUAGCCAAAGCUAUAACACUGCCUGGGGAGGGAGAGAUCAUGGACAUGAUGGCCGUGGCGGAUCCUGAUGCUGUCCAUGCUGUUAGGAAGUUUGUUAGAAAGCAGCUUGCAUCUGAACUUAAAGCUCAGCUUCUAAAGAUUGUUGAGAGCAAUAGGAGCACGGAAGCUUAUGUCUUUGACCACCUAAACAUGGCGAGGCGUGCUUUGAAGAAUACAGCUCUAGCUUAUCUUGCAUCUCUGGAGGAGCCAGAGUUUGUGGAACUUGCAUUGAGUGAAUACAAGACAGCCACAAAUUUGACCGACCAGUUCGCAGCUUUGGCAGCUCUUGCCCAAAACCCGGGCAAAACCCGUGACGACGUUCUUGCUGACUUCUAUAACAAGUGGCAGGGAGAUUACUUGGUUGUUAACAAAUGGUUCCUCCUUCAAUCAACAUCUGACAUUCCUGGCAAUGUGGAGAAUGUCAAGAAGCUUUUGGACCACCCAGCUUUUGAUCUGCGCAAUCCGAACAAGGUUUACUCGCUUAUUGGAGGAUUCUGCGGUUCUCCGGUGAAUUUCCAUGCGAAAGAUGGAUCAGGUUACAAGUUCUUGGGUGACAUUGUUGUCCAGUUAGACAAAUUGAAUCCUCAGGUUGCUUCUCGUAUGGUGUCUGCCUUUUCGAGGUGGAAGCGCUACGAUGAAACCCGGCAAGCUCUAGCCAAGGCGCAAUUGGAGAUGAUAAUGUCAGCGAAUGGAUUGUCUGAGAAUGUCUUUGAGAUUGCUUCCAAGAGUUUGGCUGCUUGA